AUGGAAGGGGAGAUUAAGAGCUUCAUCAAGGUUUGGUUCUUGGUUAUCGCAUCCUUAAGUUUCUGCUAUUAUGUAGUUUCAAGAAUUCCGAAAGGCAAGUUCAGACUGCUCCCAAUCCUCCCCAUCUGCUGCCUCUUUCUUCUUCUCCCACUAAAUCUCCAAUCCGUUCAUCUUGUAGGUACUACUGCUUUCUUCGUGGCUUGGCUAGCUAAUUUCAAGCUCCUCCUUUUCUCUUUUGGUCAGGGCCCUCUGUCGUCCAACCCAUCAAUCCCGCUCAUUCAUUUCAUCUUCCUAGCUUGUCUGCCUAUCAAAAUUAAACAAGACCCACCUCCCCGAAAAACCCAGCAACCAGUUCCAAAUGCCUCUACAGAAAGAGAUUUAGAUAACCCAUCUCACCAAAUAACCAGAAAAGGCACCAAAUCACCACUAAACUACGCCAUUAAGGGUCUACUUGCAGCUCUGGUUGUCCGUCUCUACGACUACAGACCUUAUCUCCACCCAAAAAUCAUCUUAUCUCUGUACUGCAUCCACGUAUACAUCUCCCUGGAAAUCCUUCUCGCCGUGGUUGCUUACUUGGUCCAGCCGUUGCUCAAUCUAGAGCUCGAGGCACAAUUCGACGAGCCCUACCUCUCGACCUCUCUCCAGGACUUCUGGGGACGAAGAUGGAACAUCAUGGUGACGAGUAUCCUGCGCCCAACCGUAUACGAGCCGACGAAGAGCUUUGCCCGGCGUAUAGUAGGGAGGAAGUGGGCUCCAUUGCCGGCCAUAUUGUCGACGUUCGUUGUGUCAGGCCUGAUACACGAGCUCAUCUUCUUCUACCUCGGACGUUUGGAGCCGACAUGGGAGGUGACCUGCUUCUUUAUCCUCCACGGAGUGUGUCUGGUAAUGGAGAUCAUAGCGAAGAGGGCGUUGGCCGGGAGAUGGAAGUUGCACGGGGCGGUUUCCGGGAUGCUUUCCAUUGCGUUCUUGAUGAUUACCAGCUUCUGGUUGUUCUUUCCUCAGUUCCUCCGGUGUGGUUUGGUCGUUAGGGGGCUGGCGGAGUACGGCGCCAUGGGGAGGUCUGUGAGGGAUGUUGCUCGGUUUUUCAAAUUGAGAUCCUUCCAAAAUGCUUCCAGAUUCAUGGAAAAUUGA